AUGACACUUGGCUUCCGCAUCUACAGUCAUAUGGACCUGGACAUAGUAAUGAAUGAGAACAGCCUCAACCUGAUGUCUACACGGGGGAGAAUGAUUCCCAAUUAUAAAUGUGACAAGGAGGCUCGACUAAUCUCCAUCAUACAGGAUUUUGACUCCAAACCAGACACUGCAGCCUUAAUGGGCAUCUACAAGAUCCCAGAGACAGCACCUCGUUCCAGAUGUGUGGAGAACUGUAGUCCUGGCUAUGUCCAGGAGGUCCAGGAAGGGAAGCCACCUUGCUGCUAUGCUUGUAAUCCAUGUGCAGAGGAGACUGUCUCCAAUGAGGAAGGGAUCUACAUUAUAUGCCGAGACACUCCACUGGUCAAGGCCAACAACCGGGACCUCUCCUAUGUCCUCUUGGUCUCCCUCCUGUUGUCCUUCUUGUCCUCCUUCCUGUUCAUUGGCAGGCCCAGCAAAGCAACCUGCCUGCUCCGACAAACGACCUUCAGCAUCAUCUUCUCAGUGGCAGUUUCAUCUGUGCUGGCCAAAACCAUCACUGUGGUGCUGGCAUUCCUGACCACCAAGCCAGGAAACAGGGUGAAGAGGUGGCUGGGGAGGAGUCUGUCCAGCUCCAUUGCCCUUUCUUGUUCCAGUGUCCAGGCUGUCAUCUGCUCCAUCUGGCUGGGCAUGGCUCCCCCUUUCCCUGACUCAGACAUGCAUUUACUGCCUGGACAGAUCAUUCUGCAAUGCAAUGAGGGCUCUGUGGCCAUGUUCUACACUGCCCUUGGCUACAUGGGCUUCCUGGCUACCAUCUGCUUCAUGGUGGCUUUCCUGGCCAGGAAGCUGCCUGGGACCUUCAAUGAAGCCAAGCUGAUC